AUGUGGGCAUAUUUUUGCCUUCUUAGAACCUCAGCAUUUUGGACUCAUUGUACAUCUAGCCCUGCUCGUAUUUUGAGGAGAACAGUUGAACAGAAUAAAGUUCAUCGUGUUGUUGACAGUUCCCCUUACCCAAUAAAUAUGACUGAAAAAUUAGGAAGCAAAAAGCUUGAGCUUGAAUAG